UGCAUAUUUUUAUUUUAUUUUUUUUUGCAUUUUAUAUGUAGAAAAAAAAUCCGAAAGUCGUUAAUUGUCUACCUUCAAAAUCAUUUAAUUAAAUACUCAUUUAAAGUUUUUAUUGUUAUAAAUAAAAAAAAAAUUGCUGAUAUUUGGCAUGAGAAAUAUUUAUCUAGAAAUUAAAUUUUUUUUUUUCAAAUCCACCGUAAUAUGAAACUCUUGUCAAUCAAAAAUUUUUAAAUAGUAAUUUACUUUAUUUAACUAUCAGAUUACAAGCGAUUAGACUAAAAUUUUCGGAACCCGUAUUAAAAUCCCAUUACAAAUAUAUCGACAUAUUUGUAACUAUGACCAAUCAAAUAAAUAUUGUACUGUACAUCAGUAAGAAAAAAAAUUUUUGCAAUUGUAGAUUGUUAAAUAAUUCAGUGCAGCUCAAGACUUUGAGUUGUAAACUUUGUAAUUGUAAUAUAUAUAAUUAGAAAUAGUUAUUAUAAUUGUCAAUAAAUUUCAAUUAAAAUUAAAAUGAUUACUUAGUGAUUUUUUUAUUUAAAUUUACAUUACAAUUAUCAUAUAUAUUUAUAAAUAUUGACUGUCAUUUAUUUAAUGAAAAAAAAUGGAAGCCGAGUGGAGAAGACGAGUGAGAUAUGAGUAUAAAAAAAUAAUUAAAUUAAGAGAAAUAAAACAUGAGUACAAAAUUAAAAGUGCGUGGAAGGAAAAUAAAAAUCAGCUUAGACAUUACACAAUUGAAUUACAAAAUAAAUGGGCUGCUAAAAAUAAUGUAUGGGAAGUUGGCCAGGAAUUACCGAUCCCGAAUGAUUCUGAUGAUAAAGCGAGAGCUAUACUUGUAGGGACGAUAGUUGAAGUCCAGGAAUGUUGCAUUGUUGUGAUAAAUCCAGUGACGACUAUUCCGAAUUCAUAUAUAUGGACGUCGAUUAGAACAAAUAUCAGCGUCCGAGAUGAGACAGUACUUCCACAUCUUCCUUAUAUGGGAGAUGAAGUUUUUAAUGAUAAUGACACUUUUCUUGAAGACUUGCUUAAUCAUUACAAUGGCAAGGUACACGGGAAAUCGGCAGCUUUGGAUGACGACUUAUUAAUAGAUCUUGUUAAUGCUUUGACGAUUUACGAAAAUACUUCACCCCAAAAACUCCCGAAGAAGCGAAAAUUCAUCAAUCCAACUAAUAAAGACAAUAAUGAAAUUGUUGUCAAUUUAACAAGAUUGCCAUCCAUCAAUAUCUUCAAUGCGAUAUCAGAAAUUUUUGCUGAUAAAGGGACACCAGAAGACUUUAUGAAUAAAUAUAUACGUUUGUUAGAACGUUUAGACCCUAGUAUAUCAGCAACAAAAUGUACACCGAACAUCGAUAGUGACGAUAGCAAAAGUUUAUUGAGAGAGCAAUCAUUGAAGUCGUACCAGAAACUUUUUUGCCGGAGAUGUUUGCAAUACAACUGUUUUAUUCACCGCCCAGAAAGCUGUUCAGUUUCAAAAAUUCCUAUUGGCCCUCGGCUUGAAUUGUCUACUAUACCUUGCAGUAGUAAAUGUUACCUACAUAUCAUAAAGAUAAAAAAAAAUCUAGAAGUAGUUAGUAGAAAAAAAGUAACGUUCGGUGAAGCUGAGGUUUUUGGUGAAUUUGAAAAGUUGCGAAUAGAUAAAAAUUUAGGGAACGAUCCUAAUAACAAUCAAAUGUCUGACAAUCAAAGUACUUACGAUGAAAGCGAACAAAGUUUCGAAAAUAAUGAUGAGAAGACCAAAGUAAUGAGAGAAGAAACGCAAGACGUUGAAGCAAAUAAACACUCGUCGUUUACAUUACCGGAGAUUGAUGAGGAUGAGUACAGAGAAAUAUGGACGGGUGCGGAAGAGACUCUUUUUCGCGCACUGUAUCCAGUGUUCCCAGGCAAUCCAUGUGCAAUAGCUCAGAUAAUUCUUACAAAAACAUGUCAAGAUGUGUACAAGUUUUCAUUUAAAGAAGGCCAUGAAAUACCAGCAGGCGAAAUAGAGGAGCUCAGUCUUCCACGUGGGCAAAAGAAAAGACGAGGACUGUGGGAAAUACGGAAUAAAAAGAAACAGUUGAUGAAAAACAAUAGUUAUUUAUGCAGCUACAAACCAUGCGAUCAUCCGGGCAAGGAAUGUGACGACUCGUGUACGUGUGUGCAGUCACAUAAUUUUUGUGAAAAGUACUGCAAGUGUUCAAGGGAAUGUCUGAAUAGAUACCCCGGUUGUAACUGUAAGGUAAAGUGUAACACCAAACAGUGUCCUUGCUACAUAGCCUUCCGCGAAUGCGAUCCCGAUCUGUGUCAAACUUGCGGCGCGGAUCAGUUCCACCUUACUCAGACAUCGUGUAAAAAUGUGAGCAUACAGCGCAGGCUGCACAAGCAUCUUCUGAUGGCACCGUCGGACGUCGCUGGCUGGGGAGUUUUUCUCAAGAACUCUGCGGUUAGGAAUGAAUUCAUAUCCGAGUACUGUGGAGAGAUCAUCAGUCAAGAUGAGGCUGAUAGACGAGGCAAAGUCUACGACAAGUACAUGUGCAGUUUCCUGUUCAAUCUCAACAAUGACUUUGUGAUCGACGCGAUGCGCAAAGGAAACAAAAUAAGGUUCGCAAAUCACUCGACAAAACCCAACUGCCACGCAAAAGUAAUGAUGGUAAACGGCGACCACAGGAUCGGAAUCUAUGCCAAGCGAGCGAUACAACCCGGAGAAGAAUUAUUCUUAGACUACAGAUACGGCAACACCGAGCAACUAAAAUUCCUCGGAAUCGAUCGUGGAACCCCGCAUCCAAACCAGUCUCCCCAAGAAAAUUUCAAAUCCUCCCACAAUAAAAACGUCUGAGGACAUUUCGCCCAGUAACUAUUUCCUACAGUUACCAACUACUGAGACACCCGCAUAGAUUACUUGCGUCACAAAAUAUACCAUUUACCCCAAUAAAAUAAUUAAUUAAUUUCAUUUACUAAUCGAAAGAAUAAAAGACCAGGGUGUCACUAUUAUAAAUAAUAAAUUAAAUAAAUACCCUUAUAGAUGACCCCAAUUAUUAUUAUCAUAAUAAUUAUUAUUUUUUCA